UCAGGAAUCUGAUGUUGCAGAUAGGUUGAUUACAGUGGUAGCAGUUCUGUGCUUUCUUCUUGUUACCAGCUUUAUGGUGGCACAGCAAAAUGAAUGUGCUGUUACCUAGCUAGCACAGCAGAAGUGAAGAUACUUAUCAAAAAUGAUCUUGAGCACAGAAUAGCAACCAGAGUACACAUUACUGAAGGCCCGGAAUUAUAGCCCAUCCUAAUACUCAUGCUCCUGAUUUCAAUCUUGCUAUUAUUUAAGGUAGAUUAAAUAAGGCCUAUGUUAAAUUGACCCCUUUUUCCUAUAUGGGCACAGCCUACUAGCUAGACCGUGGCCACACUGAUGGGAAUGUGUCAGGGAUAUGAUUAAGAGAAAUUUAGCCGAGGACUUCUCCAAAACGCCAUUGCAUCCUUUCUGUUGAGGUGCUGACUAUUAACAAAAGCAGGGCUGAUGCCAGGUAUAGGCAAAGUAUGCUUUGCCUAUGGAAGCAGUACGUUAGCUGUGGUAAACCUAUCAUGGCCUUGUAGCUUUUCUUGCCUAUAUAAGAGUCCAGAAAGCCCUUUCCUGCUGUCUGCUGCUGCUGUAGAAGGGACAGUCGUCAUUUGUGGGAUAACCAUUUUUUUUCAAUGAAAGCAAAAGCUGCUACUCAUAAGGGUGUCAGGAACAAUGAGCCCAGGUUUUUAGAGCUCUCUUUGUGGUGUUUGUUCUAGCUUUGCUCUGACUUUCCCAUAGGAGGAAGAGUUUAAAAUGGCCCUUUGACGUGCUUGCAGCAACAUUUAGGUUUGCCUACCAAGUCUCAAGCUGUCUCUGAACUGUCAUCCCGCUGCUGUGGGUAGGCCAGGAAAUUUCCUUUUUCCAAGCAUGAUCCUGGAAAAGAGUGUGUUUAGAAUAGUGUUUGUAGCCAUCCAGGACAGCCUUUCAGUGGGCAGGGAGAAGAAAGGCAUAUCUGAUUUCUUUGCAUGGCAGCAUGCCCUUGCAGUGAUGAUCAGCAGGUAUGAUGAACAUAUGAGGACAUUUUUGUUAAAGAAGAAAAUGCUUUCUUCAAACAGCCAUUUUCCAAAGUCGGACAGCACUUUAAAGAGAGGGCUGGGGUCAAGUUAUGAUCUCAAUCAGGGAAACAGUGCAGUUUAAGUUCCGUUAAGUCCUGUAUAUGAGAAGGCAGAGCUCCUUCACAACCCUGUCAACUUCUUCAAGUCUUCUGCCUCCUUGGUGAAAGCCAUGUGCCUAACCCCCUGUCAGAGGCCUCCCUGAGCCCACAAAGACCUGAUCUACAGCUCAGUGGUGGAGCUCAUGUGGAGGGCCCCGGUGAUCUGAGUGGGAUUCAGAUCUAGUCUGCUAAUGAGCGGCUCGCUCUCCCACUUAUUUCUUAUUCCUCACAUUGACAAAAAUGUAGGAUUUUGCCUGGGUGAAAACUCAAGCCCUGAGAUUUAGUCUGUUGUUUUCUUUAAUUCUUCUGUGUUUUAUUUCAAAGAGUUUGCAUAACAAGACAAGGGGCAUUGAGUCUAGUAUUAAGUACACAAGAAUAAUAGUGUGUGCUGAGGGGAAAUGGAAGAGUGAAAGAAACGUGUUUUCAGUUUCUGUCUUCGUUGGCGCUGGUGCAGCUGUGCUGGCUUCAGUGAGGAGGCAGCGUGUGGCACACAGCUCCCAGCUGCAGGCUCAGUUCAGCUCCCAGGCACUCAGGCUUCGCUCCCAGCGGUGCCAGCUGGCGUGUUUGGAAGUAACUUCCCGAGAGAAAGGCAAACUGAUUUUAUGAAAGGAUUUUUAAAUCCUAAGAGUAUAGAGGCUGGGAAUUUUCUUCAGGAGCAUUCAGUCAUGUACUUGAGCACCUUCGUUGAGUUUUACAUGACUUUUGAAAUGUUUGCAAAUAGCCCAAGUCCCAUUAUUUAUCUUACAUGGAAGCAGAAUAAGCACCCGAGUAAUGUAUUCACUGAGACUUACAGCUAGACCAUAUAAGGAGAAAAAAUGUGUUUUCCCUGAAACCUGCUUUGGUAUUUACUAUGAAAUGCACCCAGAGUUAAAAUCUUUAUGCUGUGCAUGGAUUUUAUCCCAGAUAUGGCUCAUUGUUCUCAAGAGGAAAGUGCUGACUAAGCUAAGUAUGCGUGAAUCCUCCGAUCAUGUCCUUCGUCUCACAAAUCCUCCUGUCAUCAGCUGAUGUGCUCUGCCCACAAAUAUAUAUAUCACUCCUGUUCAGUGCAUUUGAAGAUACACAUCUGAUGACAGCAUUUGAUCAUUAUUUUAUGCUGCAUGAGACAAAUAUGAGGUGGCCCUUCUCCAGGUAUACAUAUGGACAAACGUUCUAUGAAAUGUGAAAUUUAUGACUAUGGUUGAUCUCAGUCAUUGUCCCCAGGUACAUCCAAGCGUGGCAAUGCACAAUUACCUGGCAGGGUGGUGGUGGUUGAAUGCAGCUUCUUCCUGUGGAGAAUGACCUCACUGUGCCAAAUAAAAGCAGCCCAGCAACCGGUUUUGAAGCCAAAUGGCACCAGCUGGUGUCCACUCUACUUAGGGCUAUUCUUUCUAAGGAAAAUUUUUCUGAGAGAGAGCCUGUGGGAAUGGGUCCCAAAUAGAGGGAGGGAGGGAGCUGCAGUUAAAUUUAGCAGGGUAGAUAAACCAUGUUAAUACUGUGCCCGCUGGAGUUGUCCGAAUGGAGUGGAAACCCAGUGGAAGCCGGGCUAAGUUUACACCUGUUUGUAAUCUGUAGCAGAGAAGCAGUUACAGUGAAGCCCACGAGCAAAGAUGGCAAUUUGACAUUGUGUGCAAGAGUCUCUCUGCCUCCGUGAGAUGCCGAGGUGGGCAGAGAUGCAAAGAGCAAGCCAGAGCUCCUCGCACCUGCAGCUGCAGCCCAGCCAGCUGUGGAGCAGCAGGGGAGCUGCUUGAGGCUGCUACAUUGGUUGGAGGGUCUCCUAUGGACUCUCGCCUGUUGGAUCAUUUUUAUCACAGAAGCUCCCUUUCCUCACCCUAUACCUGCCCUUGCUAUGUGCAUCCCCAAGGCUUUAAAUACAGGCUGAGGUGUGUUUGAAACAUCCUUACUAGUGUUUCACCUGGGAUGAGUUUCCCUGCGCAAGGGAGCUUCUCCAUUCAAUUUCAACCACUUUGCUGAGACACAAAGAAUCUUAACAGACUGGAGAAUCUGAUCCAGAAUCCUUAUAAAAGUAGUGGGAAUAUUUGGGUAUAUCCCAAAGAAACCAUUAUCAACAUUCCCAGAAUGCCAGACAAUAAGUUUACACAAUACCCAAUAAUUCCAUACUUUGUAAGUGAUUUUGAUACAGAAGAAGAUUUUAGGGACGAGCAGUUUGCUUUUCGCUCUUUAAGAUAGCUGUUAACCAACAAAAUUGCCUCUUUAAACCUACCUUCUUUACAAAACAGUUUAUAAUGAUCAAGCUGCAAAGCUCAAAAUAAUAAUAAUAAAUAUAACCCUGAAAAGUGAGUUUGGAAAGCAGAAAAUAAUCUUCCUUUACAACAUGGAUGCUAAUAAAAGAAGUCUAAAAUUGCCUAUUGUCAUAGCUUUAAUAUUAACACUGGCUGCUUUGGCAAGCUUUAAAGACUGGGCUGCACUAUAAAACCUAAAAAUGUCCUGGACUUGGAGUUGUUUACACAAAAUAUGAGGAGAUAUAAAGUUACAGAGCUGGGGGUUGGAAGAGAUGGCUUUAAAACCAUCCUCCAUGCACUGACGUCACAUAGAGGCCAGCUGCUAGGAUGAUGCUAAACGGAACUGUUUUUCAGUUUGCAAAAGUUGUGGAGUUAUUCAAAGAGAUUUGCAAAUGCUGCCCUGUUUGAAAGGUUGUAUCUUGUUUAGCUUUCUUUUUCCUUUUAAAGAUCAAGAUUUGCAGAACUGGAUCUCAGCUAGCUAUGCAUUUCAUUGCUUUCACUGCUGUUUAGAAAUGGACUGAAAAACUUCUAAAGGAUUUCUUACUCUAUGAAAGGAAACAUUCAGGGAAGAAGGAAAAACGCAGAGCUAUCUUCUUGCUGUUGCACAAACUGUAGCCAUGGACCUACAUAAACAACUGGAGAAUACUGAAAAGAAUUGGAAUAAAGAGAAGAUGGAGUUGCUGGAGAGAUUUGACAAUGAAAGGAAAGAAUGGGAAUGUCAAUGGAAGGUCAUGCAGAAGAAAAUAGAAGAGCUUUACCAGGAGGUAAAACUUAGACGGGAGAACAAUAUGAACGUAUACGAUAAUAAGGACAUUCAUAGCAAGAUGCUGCAGCUGUCCAUGUGUUCCCCUGCUUCGGAAGAGAGUGACGCAGCCGAACUGAAUUAUCAAUACAAGGUAGCAAAUGACAGGAUGGAAAAAGAGAAUUUGCUCAGUAAAACAGGACAAGACUGUAAAGAAACCAGAGCCAAGAGGAAAAGCAAUGAUCCGUUAAGGGACAAUCUGGCCUUUGAGAACCAUGAGGAACCUGAAGAUAGCGUCAGCAUCAAAGCUCCCAAGAAAAAUGCCAAGAAUUACAUUGGUGAUCUCAAUGUAGCUCUUAAAGAACUUGCCAGAGUUAGUGAAGAAUUAUGCAGCUAUCAAGAGGAAAUUCGAAAGAAGUCCAACCACAGAAGAAUGAAGUCACUUCCUUUCCUGGGGGAAUUUGAAGAAACCCAAAAUACAGUUAUUCUUCCUGAGAUGAACCAUGUGUCCAGCAAUGAAUCACAGACUUCAGUUGCUUUUGAAAAAGAGGAGCAUAACAAUAGGAAGAAUCUAAUGAGCUCUGCCAAAGGUUUGAAGGACUUGUCUUAUUGUGCUGGUGACAGAGGAACAGACUUCAGACCUUGGCAAAAAAAAGAAGCUCCACCAGUUCCUCCACGGAGCACUUCUCGGCACCUGACAAACUCACUUUCUGCAGUUGUACAGCUUUUUGAAGCACCAAUAAGAGAUCCAGGUGUCAAAAGCAAUUGCAAGGUUCAGGACUGUAGGAGCGGAAGGAAACUGAUGAAUCCUUCACCUGUGAAACAAGAUGAAAGUGCCGUGGCCUGUGCAAAUGAAGGACAGACUGCAAAAGGUCCUGUGCCUAUAACUGCUGCAAUACCUGUAACCAAAAAUGAGUGCAAUGUACCAGCAAGUUUCUGCCACAACACAUGGGCAUAUGAUGUGGGCAAACUUGGAAAGGAUAGUAAAAAUGAACCUUCUGCACUGUCUGCCCAGAAGAGUUGUUCAGAUGGAAAUAUGGCCCAAAACAACAAGAUGCACCAGAAACAAAAUCUCAAGUCUCAUAGCAAUCAUUAUUACAAUAAUGACUUUUAUGCCCCUGCUGCCCUGCACAAUGAUCUUUUGGAAGACUCUAGGUGUACUUUGGGAAAGACCCAAAGAAAUGAAACUCUAGCAGCAAAGAUUGAUGAGUUUAACCGGACUGUAUUUCAUACAGAUAAAUGUAACAUUUCUUUGCAGGAAAACCAAAUGCUUCGAACAGCAUCAGAAGAUCACCAACUUUGCAGCUCACUGUGUGACUCUGCAAUUAGCAGGAAAGAAACUGUAAAUUCAUCCUGUAUUCCAAAUCCCAGAUUCUCUGCAGCAAAGGAACAAGAAGCUAGCAACCCCAGCAAAGUUGUCAGAACAGCAGGGCAACAAAAGCAAAUAAAUGGUCUUCCAAAUACUAGUGGUUAUAGGCACAUGCUUCACGAGCAUGACUGGAGACCAAGUAAUUUAUCUGGUCGCCCGCGUUCAGCUGACUCAAGGUCAAACUACGGUGUUGUUGAAAAGCUUUUGAAAAACUAUGAAAAAUCAACAGUGACUUCUCUGUGUAAUGCAAAAUGGUGCAAAGAUAAGGGGACACAGGCAAAUUCUGAGUUCACUGAUGGGGGUUGUGAGACAUCGAGUCAGUAUUUAGAAAUGCUCCAGACUGACCAAGGAAAGCAAGAAUUUCCAAAGAAUUCAGCCAGGCAUACUGGGCAGCAACUCAAGCAAGGAAAAGAGAGGCAGAAGUUACCAGAGGUAUCUGUGCCAGCUAAAUGUUCAAGUGGGAAAGGUUUCUCCCGGCCAGCUCGGCCAGCAAAUCGACGCUUACCUUCUAGAUGGGCAUCCAGAUCACCAUCAGCACCGCCUGCUAUGAGAAGAAUGACGUACAACUAUUCCGUCUCCUUUAGGUCAGAGACCUCAGUAGUCUGAACCCAGAGGUGGGUUGGAUGUUGUUGUGAAAGCUCCACACCUCAUGAUAACUGUGCUCGGUAUGUGUUAUAGCAACCAGUUCUACACUGUUGUAUCUUGUCCGAGAGUGAUCCCAUCACUUAACUUGCUGGACAAAGCGUUUUGAAUCUUAGGUCAUCAUCACAGUCUUCAGUGUUUUUAUUGAAAAGAAGUAACUAUACCCUUCUUUUUCUGUGGGUUUUUUUUUUUGGUAAUCGUUCACAAGGAAUUUUUUUUGAAUGGCAUCUUCCUUAAUUUGCCACUCAAUUUUGAGUUGAAACAAUGUAUAGUGCUGUAUAUUCUGACUCUUCUGCAAACAGCAGAACAUAAAGCUGUAUGCAUGAUCAUGUGUUUGUAGGUGCAUGUGUUGGAAUAGGAAGUAUACAGGUCUGUAUUUAGAAGAGACAAACUGUGCUAGUGUUGACAUUGAAAUUACAGCUUAUAUGCCUACAUAUAUAUAUACUUUGUGUUUAUUUUAAAAAGUUUGAAAUAUACAGUCCUGAUGACAUUUAUAUUUUGUAUAUCUUUUACAUAGGUUCACAGGUGUAGUAUUUAAUGUACAAAAACUAAAUAUGCAUUUUUGUGACUCUGAUUGCAGCGAUAAUGCCUUGCACAAUACGUAUCUGAAGCAGACUAGCUCGACUGAUUCCUCAGUCACGCUUUGUGCCAUCCUUGUUCAGUUUCCUAAUCCAUAUGAUGCUAGGUCAAAGUACCCAAACAUAUUUUUUCUGAAUUAAAAUAUUGUAUGAUUUGUACCACAUUAGCCUUUUUCAGCACCAGAGACAUGUCUGAAAUAUUCCAACCCCUUAAAAAGCUUAAAUGUGCCAUUAUAUAUAUAGCAUUCUGUAAACAUUUAACUUUAGUAAAUUCAACUAGUGUAAUAUACAAUUUAUGAAGGGCAGAAAAGGGUUAUGUAUACUCAAUUCUGUAAAACUUGUUUUUCCUUCUAACAUUAUACUUUGGGGUUUGGCAAAGUCAGAUAAGAAUGGACUUGUUUACUUUCACUCAAGGCAGGAGGACAAGGACUGUAGUUGUUCCCAGUGCUGCAGUCACACUUCUUUUUUACUCUUCUUCUAGACUGGCGUGCUUAAACCAAUUUUUAACUCACUGCUCCCUGACUGACUUGUGGCAGUCAGUUAAAAAGUUUACUUGCACUCUGGCAACAAACUGCACGUGGUAUGGAAAUACUGCAUCAAGCUAUGAUCACAGUGGUGCCAGAAAUCCUAGACAAAUGGCAUGGGAAGUAUGUUUUUGUCAUCAUCUGACUCUGUAUUAUUGGCCACCCAAAUUAUGUGUAUGGAUAGGUAUGGAUGCUCCCCAGACUCUUGUUGAACUUUCCGAAAGAAGUCUCCUUCAUCCUGGAGUUUUUACACCCUUCUCCAGGCUGUUGCUGGAUGCAUAGUGUGGUAAUGAUGAUAAACGUUAUCGUUAAGCAGCGUGUCUAGGUUAAAAGGAGUGAAGAAGCCCUUCUUCAACAUCAGCCUAAUCUUAUGUCUUGCACCUUUUCUUCUUCCCCUGGAGAAAUACAGUGUGUUCAAACGAAUUUCAGAAAUCAUCCCAGGAUCCAUUAACAUGCACAUCUUCUUAUAUGAAUGUAAAAAGGAUUUCAGAGAGAGUGUAGGCUUUUGUCCUAGUGAAUUGUAUGUGUGGCAAUAUAGGGAAAAUUAGUUGUGCUUAUCUUGAUAGUGAUUUAUUGUCCUACUCCAGUCAUGUUGAGAAUCCACAACUUAUUACUUCCUUUUAGGGCUUUGUUCUUCUUUCUUCUGUGCAACUAAGUAUUUGCAGAGAGAGAAAACAAGAGACCACGUUUUCUGAGCACUAUAGCCUAUGUGGUAGUAUCAGUACCUUUUCAGGCAUGCCUGUAUUGGAGUGAGCAGACAUUAGAGCCAUAAAUCCAGCCUUAUCACACCAUUGUGGCUGCCUGCAUGGCAAAGAUGUGCUCAGAGACUUUCCCCAAUCUAGAUUUCCUGGUCCUUUCUAUGUACGAGUGGUGGGAAACCCCAUUACAACAUAUGAAGGCUUCAAGAAAGACAUCCAAUUCAUCAGAAUUUACUCAGACAUUAGUGCAAAGUUAUUACUGGAAAAGUUACAAGGACAGAAAACCUUGAAGCAAAUUUGUACAGGUUGGAUAGAGACAAGAAUCUGUGUGCUUGAGUGAAAAAUCAAGAGUACUAUAGAUUCGUCUAUUUGCCCUUAUUUACAGAUUGCACUCCAUUAACUUUCUUAGAACUAGAAAAAUUAUAGAUGCUUUAACGUUAAUUUGGAACAUUGCUCAAGAUUAUAUCUAACUGUGAAAAUCAGCAAACCAAAUGCCUGGCAAAUUGACCUUUUAAAUGCCUAAGUAGCUGAACAGCUUUAAAUGUCUAAAGCUGAGGAGAGGGUAGUAUGAGAGAAUUGUAUAAAAUACUGGUUUUAAUUUCAAUCAGCGUUGACUGUGAUACAACUUUUCUUUAAUUUACCUCAUGGUAAUCUUAAGCAGUUUUGUUUUGAAAAAUGGUGGUGCACUUUUGUUUGAAGUAUGUAACUGUAUGAACAGUUUCCCUUGAUUAGUCAAUGAAGGUGGUUUUUUUAGCUCACUUUAGUUUCUUUGAUCACUUUUGACAUAUAUAACAUUGUUGAAAAACAGAAGAAGGACCUACAGCACUCCCUGAUGUAUGUAAGUUUAAGUAACAGGAGGUUUUUGAAAUAAACUAACAGGUCAAGGACAAGUCCAUUUUGUCAAGAUUUUCUGUGUCCAUCUAAUCAUACACAUUAGUUUUGAUGCCCAAAAUCAUCAAAACUGGUUCUUUUGGCCUAUGGAUGGCUAGCUGGAUAUACCAAUUUUAGAAACUUGCCACUGCGACUGUAAAUAUUAUCUCUUCAACCGUACCCAUGACAGGACCAGUGCAUUGUGGUGAAUAUUUUAGUUCCCAGAACUGUAAUUACUAAACCAUAGUAAUGGCUUUACUGCACUUAUUUGCUAAAGAACGGAAGAGCUCUGUUGGGCUUCCAAGCGCCCCCAUAUUGUCUAUGACAGGGAAAUGUAGUCAUCUUUGAAGCUCUGAGGUAAGAGAGUGUCUGCACACGCACAUGCACACGCACACGCACACGCACACGCACACACACACUCACUCACUCACUCACUCACUCACUCACUCACUCAAGAACCACAAAUGAUCUAAGUGUAACUUGACCUGUCUGUUAAUCCUCGUAUGACCUACAGGAGCAUUUAGUUUUGCAAGCCUACUUUUAAAAGGACAGAUUUAAUAUUCCUCCUGCAUAUAUUUUCUGAAGUCUUAAUGCAAAUAGAGUUUCUCUUUACUUGAAUUCUGAACAAAUCUAAGAUUCUCUGUACUGCAUGUGUAGGGGCAUUAGCACUGAAAUAUAUGCAGCAGUGAGUUUUCAAAGCUAUAAAAACCUUAAAAUAAUUAACAGUGCAUACACAUUAAACUGCAUCCUCUCUCACACCAAAAAAUCAGCUGCCCAUUGAAAUACUCACAAACUAUCAAGCUGAGAGGUCGUCACUACGACUCAGCUGGCUGGUACUUAGUUGACAGAAAGGGUAAUUCUCUCUCACGCUGAGAGAUAGAGGCAUGAUCUUUCCCUAAAUCCCCUUGUAGGGAGGAGGAUGGUAGCAUAGAAACACAUAGAAAACAGUCAUUUAGGUCUUAUCGACACACACAGCACAGCAAGCCACCUGAAUGCUGGAAAACUGGCCUCCCUCAGAGCCUGAUAGAGGCAGAAGGAAUAGAGGAAAAACUUUUCUAUUAACCUUUGGCUGUCAUUCCUCAAACUCAGAGUGUAUUUCCACUAAGAGUUUUCUCUUUGCUGUUAGUGAUAAUCUUCUUAUAUAUCUUUAAAAUGUUGCUGAAAGGAUGAACUUUGCUUGUUUUCCAGGAACAAUAUAAUUAUCUCUGACCAUUACACAUACAGUAACGGGAGUUAGCUGUUAUAUAUAGCAAAGAAUUGACAAUUGGUGUAAUACAAUUUUCUAGAGCAUUCAAAGCACCAGAUUAAUUCUCCAGUUGUCUAUUUAAGAAUUUGUUUCUGUAAAUAGGGAUUUUGUAUCCAAAUGGCUUCAACAGCUUUUUAGCAAAGUUAUACAACAUCGCAGCAGGCAGGUUAAUUCCCUUACAAAUUUAAUUAUUUCUGGACCAGGCUUAAAUUUCCUAGCAUGCAAGAAAUUAUGCAAUUCUCGUAGCGCUGCUAUGCAAAGAAUUUCUUUGUCUUUGGGACCUGUAAUAUACAACUCUAGCCAUUAUACUGUUGAUAUUCUCUAUUGAACUAAUCUGUCUCUUUCAUUGUGUAUAUGCUCUCUACACUGGAAGGCAGAAUGCAAUUGCUUUCCUCAACUACAUCAAAAUCCCUUGUUGCCUCUGCCCUUUCCACCACUGCUCAGUUCCCAGUAGAUGUAUAUUUUUAUGUGUUUCCUUGCCAUUGGUCUGUAUGCAUAUAACAGAAUUUUCUAAUUGUACUGCAGUCAAGAUAUUUUUUGGACAUCUUGUUCUUAAAAGUGAUGAUACUACUAUUGCCAUUCACAAAUAUAUUAGAUCUUGAUUUAUUGUUUUGCAUCACUGGAAAUGCACUUUCUUCAUCAGCUGUUAGUGGUAUACACUAUAUAAACUUGUUGCUCUUAUACUUUGAAAUGAUAAUUAAUCUGCUUUUGAGGUUUGCUUCUCCCACCUCUCUCUUCAACCCACUUCCCUCACCCCCUGCUCCAGUUUUCUGUUUUGCAAAGUACUUUCCUCAGCAGAAACAUGUUUCUAAUGUGUACUGUUCAUCCAGUUGUAUUGUGGCUAUGGGAUCUCAUACUUUAUGGUGCCUUGGUAACAAUGUUGUUCUGGAAAGAAUUGUAUCAGAAUUUCCAUGGAGUAAGACCGAUUGAACCCUCAAAAUGAUCAAGGUGAAAGUGCACAAAUAAAAAUCAGAAAGAAAAUAGAAGAAUCAAAUAGGAGAGUUCAACACUUGUAGUAAAUGUUGUGGCUAGUUCUUUGCUUCUAAUGGAAGAUCCCUUUGUACUGCCUGCUUCAUACCAUCUGAAACGUCCGGUAAUAUAUUGCCUUUUUUCAGUCA